ACAAAACAGUUUACCUACACCGUGUUAGUAUUUCGUCUCCUCUAUUUCUACCUUCAUGACCAAGUGCGGCUGCACCAGCUCUUUGGCUAUCAUUUUCAAUGUAUUUUUUAUCGAUAUGUGAUAAUUCUCAUUAUGUGAUCUGUCAUGCGUGAUAAGACAGUCAAUCUGAUGUCACAAUUUAUCGAAACCAGCAGAAGUACGAACGGCAGAUUUCAUUACAAACUAAAAUGUUUGGGGUUUAGUGCGAGCGCGAUUGCCAGCGGCUCGAUAUCGCUGGAAAAACUUUAUUAUCGAUGUGAUUUAUCAAUGGUUUCGUGAGAAUAUUCUAUUUGCUUUGACGAAAACAAAAAACUGAUUAGUUUAUUAAAUAAAUAGUAUAUGUUAAUAUUUGCUGAUUGGCGAUGACGGCAGAGAAAGCGGACUUUUCCGACAGUCUUCUGAGUCGGACGGGAGAGCAGGUCCACAGACCAACAUUUCGCUCUCAUGCCAAAGACUGUGCUAGUGCUUGUUGCACCAGAAAAACCUUAGAAAGGCAUCUGCCUAUAGUAAAUUGGUUACCGAAAUACACCUGGGAAAAAUUAGGCAGAGAUGCCAUUGCAGGUUUGACAGUAGGUUUGACAGCAAUACCACAAGGUAUUGCAUAUGCUGUAGUUGCAGGACUAGAACCUCAGUAUGGUUUAUAUGCUGGUUUCAUGGGAUGUUUCGUGUACAUAUUCCUAGGAGGAUGCAAAGAUGUGACAAUAGGCCCCACGGCCAUAAUGGCUCUCAUGGUGCAACGCUAUGUACAAGAUCUGGGGCCUGAUUUUGCAAUUCUGUCCACUUUUUUGGGUGGCUUGGUUAUUUUAGCUUUAGGACUUUUACAUUUAGGAUUUUUAGUAGAAUUCAUUUCAAUGCCUGUGACAGCGGGAUUUACAUCUGCUGCAGCAAUAACAAUAGCUUCUAGUCAAUUUAAAUCGCUGUUGGGUUUGCCAGGUAGUGGGAAUUCAUUUGUUGAAGCCGUAGGAAAUGUGAUUAAAAAUAUUUCGCACACACAAUUGUGGGAUGCACUACUAGGAUUUUCUACUAUUAUAAUAUUAUUACUAUUAAGGAAAUUAAAAGAUGUGAAAGGCAGAUGGUCCAAAGUAGCACGAGGAUUCUCAUUGGGACGCAAUGCUAUUGCAGUAAUAGGAGGAACUUUAUUGGCAUAUUUAUUCAGCAUAAAUGAUAUGACACCAUUUAAACUAACAGGAAAAGUAGGUGAAGGGUUGCCACCAUUUAGACCUCCACCACUAUCCACAGUUGUCAACAAUCAGACCAUCGGAUUUAUGGAAAUGGUGCAACAUCUUGGUGGUUCAGUCGCCGCCUUACCAUUGGUUUCAAUUUUAGAAAGUAUUGCCAUAGCUAAAGCUUUUUCAAAGGGACGAGCAGUGGACGCGACACAAGAAAUGUUAGCCCUGGGCACUUGCAAUGUUUUGGGGUCAUUCUUCUUGUCAAUGCCGACUACUGGAUCAUUCACCAGGACGGCUGUCAAUAAUGCCAGUGGGGUAGAAACUACUUUUGGUGGAGCAUUUACUGGAGCUCUCAUUCUCAUCGCCUUAAGUGUUUUGACAUCUACAUUCUAUUACAUUCCAAAAGCAACAUUGGCUGCAGUUAUCCUGUGUGCAAUGUUCUUCAUGUUAGAAAUUGAUCAUGUCAAACUCAUUUGGAGAACUAGAAAAAUAGACAUAUUGCCAUUUAUUGUUACCUGGCUGGUGUGUCUGUUCUUUGGACUGGAGUAUGGAAUGUUGGCUGGUGUUUCGUUUAAUUUGCUAUUUAUUCUAUAUUCUACAGCCAGACCAAAUAUCGAUGUGAAAUUUGCACAGGUGGAUGGUCAUGAAAUUCUGAUUGUGACACCAGAUCAGAGUCUUGUAUUUUCAGCUUCUGAUUAUGUCAGAUCCUACGUCCUGGAACGUUGUGGAACUGAUAAUAAAUUAAUUGUUGUGAUAAAUGGUGAAAAUGUUAAUAGCAUUGACACUACAGUAGCUAGGAGUUUUAAAGUAUUAUGUGAUGAUAUGAAAGUUCGCGAACAAAAUAUAUUUUUCUGGAAUUGGAACAAAUCCUCAUCGAAUGUUUUAAGAAGACUGGAUCCGAAAACUGAUAAUCUCUUCAGACAAUCUGAAACUAUCGCUGGAGUUUUACAAAAAUCAGACGAUAUUACUCAUGUUAUCACCGCAGAAAAUAAUCAUAUAGCAUAAUGUAUACAAUUUUAAUAAAAA